GCUAGCUUGUGAUUGGUCUAUUACUAAUGUUAUGAAAUAUUAUUGGCUGGACAAACAUACGCCUUUACAACAACGCCACUGAGAAGGCCCGUCAUGCUGACCGCACAGAAGACAUGUGUCGCUCUGGCUGCACGCCGACUUCUAGGAGCUCCCUGCUCCUCACACGGAUUCAUCAACACACGCUCACAGACGCACUCCCGACAGUUUCGUACUGCAACGCCCUGUCAGGAUGAAGUGGACCUGCACCCGGAGUGGGCCAGCCUGGCCAAAAAACAACUGAAAGGGAAGAACCCAGAAGACCUGAUCUGGCGCACGCCGGAGGGCCUCAACAUCAAACCCGUCUACACUAAAGCAGACUCUGCAACGAAGCCAGACGAACUGCCGGGGGUCUUCCCUUACACUAGGGGGCCCUACCCCACCAUGUACACGUUCAGGCCCUGGACCAUCAGGCAGUAUGCUGGCUUCAGCACCGUGGAGGAGAGCAACAAGUUCUACCGGGACAACAUUAAAGCGGGUCAACAGGGUCUCUCGGUGGCCUUCGACCUCCCGACUCACCGCGGGUAUGACUCCGACAACCCCCGUGUCCAUGGCGAUGUCGGAAUGGCGGGGGUCGCCAUAGAUACCGUGGAGGACACCAAGAUGCUGUUUGACGGCAUCCCGCUGGAGAAGAUGUCGGUUUCUAUGACGAUGAAUGGAGCGGUGAUCCCGGUGCUGGCCAUGUUCAUCGUGACGGGGGAGGAGCAGGGGGUGCCCAAGGAGAAGCUGACGGGAACUAUCCAGAAUGACAUCCUGAAGGAGUUCAUGGUGCGCAACACCUAUAUCUUCCCCCCGGAACCUUCCAUGCACGCCAUCGCUGAUAUCUUUGCCUACACGUCCAAGCACAUGCCCAAGUUCAACUCCAUCUCCAUCAGUGGUUACCAUCUCCAGGAGGCCGGGGCGGACGCCAUCUUGGAGGUGGCCUACACCAUCGCCAACGGCCUGGAGUACUGCCGCACUGGGCUGAAAGCUGGCCUCACUAUAGAUGAGUUCGCCCCCAGGCUGUCAUUCUUCUGGGGUAUCGGUAUGAACUUCUACAUGGAGAUUGCCAAGCUGAGGGCAGGCAGGAGGCUGUGGGCCAUGCUCAUUAAGGAGAAGUUCCAACCCAAGCUGGCCAAGUCUCUGCUCCUCAGGACCCACUGUCAGACCUCAGGCUGGUCCCUCACUGAACAGGACCCGUAUAACAACGUGGUGCGUACUGUGAUCGAGGCGAUGGCUGCGGUGUUCGGGGGGACCCAGUCUCUACACACCAACUCUUUUGAUGAGGCUUUGGGUCUACCAACGGUGAAGAGCGCCCGCAUCGCACGCAACACACAGAUAAUCAUCCAAGAGGAGUCUGGGAUACCCAAGGUCGCCGACCCCUGGGGCGGGUCACACAUGAUGGAGGCGCUGACCGACGAUGUCUACAACACUGCCCUAAAGUUUAUCAAUGAGAUCGAAGAGAUGGGAGGCAUGGCCAGAGCUGUGGCUGAAGGCAUUCCUAAACUACGCAUCGAGGAGUGUGCUGCUCGCAGACAGGCUCGCAUCGACUCAGGUUCGGAGGUGAUUGUUGGAGUGAAUAAGUACCGUCUAGAGAAAGAGGAGUCCGUUGAUGUGCUGGCUAUCGACAACACCAACGUACGCAACAAGCAGAUCGACAAACUCAAGAAGGUGAGGGAGAGUCGUGAUGCUGAGGUGGCGAAGAGGUGUCUGUCGGCCAUAGAGGAGUGUGCUCGUACCAGGGAGGGGAACCUGCUGGGGCUGGCUGUGGAGGCUGCUAGAGCCAGAUGUUCUGUUGGGGAGAUCACGGAUGCCAUGAAGGCUGUGUUUGGGGAACAUAAAGCCAGCACCAGGAUGGUGAGCGGAGCCUACCGCAGCGAGUUCGGUGAGCAUGAGGAGAUCUCCACAGCACACAACCGGGUGGUGGAAUUUAAGAAGCAUGAGGGCAGGAACCCUCGUCUGCUGGUGGCCAAGAUGGGCCAGGACGGCCAUGACAGGGGGGCAAAGGUCAUCGCUACGGGGUUCGCUGACCUGGGAUUUGACGUUGACAUUGGACCGCUCUUCCAGUGGGAAAUGACUAUCCAACUAGUCAGUGACAACUGUGUGGAGUUUGACAGCAACCCCCUGGAGGUGGCCCAGCAGGCGGUAGAUGCAGACGUCCACUGUGUUGGGGUCAGCACGCUGGCCGCAGGACACAAGACCCUGGUCCCAGAGCUUAUCAAGGAGCUUCGCAACCUCAACCGCCCUGACAUCCUGGUCAUCUGUGGAGGGGUCAUCCCACCUCAGGACUAUGAGUUCCUGUACCAGACUGGUGUGUGCUGUAUCUUCGGCCCCGGGACGAGAAUCCCUCAGGCUGCAGUAGAGGUGAUAGACAACAUUGAGAAGAGCCUGGACAAGAUCCGCCAGGCCAUGUAGACAGAUUGCUGAUGAACAAUAUAACUCAAUAAUAUAGUCGUGUGUGUGUGUGUGUGUGUGUGUGUGUGUGUGUGUGUGUGUGUACACACAGCGAUGGGAAGAAGUUGCAAACAUCGGCGUGUGAUAUCUGCACAGGAUGAUAGAAUAGCGCUAUGAGAUUGUGACAUGAAUAUAUUCAUAAUGACUGUGUGAAUUUUGCCCUAAACCACAACCAAUAAUAUACAGUUUAGUCUACAGAUCUCUUAGUCUGUCUUCAUCAGCGUUUCUCAAUCCAUUUCUCAAUCAAGGACUUGGUGAUUGGUUGUGUACAGUAAGUGCUGGGUUUGAAAACGUGUUCUUUCUGAGCACUCCCCUAAGGAUAGAUUGUAAAACACUGAUAUGGGGCGGCUGGUAGCCUAGUGGUUAGAGCGUUGGACUUGUAACCGAAAGGUUGCAAGAUCGAAUCACCGAGCUGACAAGGUAAAAAUCAUUCUGCCCCUGAACAAGGCAGUUAACCCACUGUUCCUAGGCCUUCAUUGAAAAGAAGAAUUUGUUCUUAACUGACUUGCCGAGUUAAAUAAAGGUAAAGAAAUAAAAUAAAAUUAGACAGAAUAAAUAUUGAAAAUAUAAUAGUGUGAAAUCUGCACAGGAUAUUAUGGUAGAACAAGGAGAUUGUGGAAAUAUUCGUAAUAACAUGGACUU